AUGAAACAUUUGGGUUUUGGUGGACUUAUUCCUACUGGAGUAAGCAAUCUUCUUUAUAAUGAAGUUCUUGAGGUAGCUAGUUUGGCUUUUAUGGUGGAAUUCAAUUUUAUGGUCAACCCUCAUUUGAACAAGACUUUUUCGGUUGCGUAUGAUGGCCAGAAACCUUAUAUGCAUGCUGCUAAGAACUGUGCUAUGCCUGAUAAUAAUGAUAGAAUCGUCUUCUUGAUAAGUCUGGGAUUGGAUACUGUUGAAUCCAUCACUAGAAUUGUUGAAGUUGCUAAUUCUGCAAUGGUUGCUUGUGGUACUCAAACUAGAUAUACCAUGAGUUCUUUCCAGCCGUUAAUCCAAGGAACGAAGAUAAAGAUUGUCGAGGAUGAUACCCUUUAUGCUCGAGCUGUAGUAGGAGCGUCGGGAUUAGCUGCUUACAUGGACAGAAUAGCAUCUUGUUCCAAAGUUUCAAUGACAGAAACUGGAAGUACCAUGGGUGCUGCUGGCCAAGAUGACACCAUUGAGGGGACAAGUGGCUGA